GAGCGAAACCCUGUGUUGGUGCGCGUAUCGCUUUUAGAAAGUCACGUGACCGAACACGAGCUGUUCCGGUCACGUGACCGAUCAUGAGCUGUUCCGGUCACGUGACCGAUCAUGAGCUGUUCCGGUCACGUGACCGAUACGCGACCUGUGUCGCACUGACACCUGCGCGCCAAACUGUGUUUAUAAGGAAGCGCAUCUGUCAACGAGAUGCUGCUGCCAACAGAAUCCCCGCACUUCUGUCGUUGGUCAGUUCUAAUUUAUCGUCGUCGGAGAUCAUGGAGCAGCCUACUCAUGGAAAAAGAAAGAGUUCCGCCGUGUGGGAAUAUUUUGAUCAUAUAUCGGAAACAAAGGUUAAAUGUCGCAUUUGUACGACAGAAUUGUCGUACGUCAACAAAUCCACCUCCUCAAUGCUGAGGCAUUAUAGGGCCAGGCAUGAACAUGAAGUUCCAGAGACACCCAGGAUAAACUCAGCUACCAGGAAGCAGAUGCUGGAUGAGGCUCUGCUGAACUUCAUUGUGAUGGACUGCCAGCCCCUCAGCAUUGUGGAGAGUGAAGGGUUCAGGGAACUGGUGCAGGUCCUUGAGCCAUCAUAUGUUUUGCCUACCAGAAAGACCAUCAAAAAAAUACUGGAGAAAAAAUAUGAGGAGGAACGGGAACGAGUGAAAUUGGAAGUACAGCAAGCUGUGGCAAUAACCUUUGGAAACAUCUGGAUAUGGAAGUGGGAAGGCAGACAAAAAACUCUACUGCAGAUGCCAUACAAGAGGUCCAACGUUACCUGGCAGAGGGAAAUGUAGCUAGGUCCCAAGACCCAUUGAAAUACUGGGACCAACAGAAGACCACCUUCCCAAACCUCUUCCAACUAUCACUUCAUUUCCUCUGCACUCCCGCCUCCUCUGUGCCCUGUGAGCGGGUAUUUUCUACAGCCGGGAUUACACUUAAAUUAAAAAUGCUUUUUUGUCAUAUCAAUCAAUCCUCCUCUUUUCAGUAAACUACUGCAUUGA